AUGAAUUAACGAUAGGAAAUAAGUGCCAAAGAAAAUAGUGCAGAUUUUUCAACUACUUUAUAAGAGUGUAGAAAUGGUAAUGCAGCUGAUCAUUAACUAUCAAAAAAAGAAUAAUUUUUGCUUAAAUGCACUAAGCAUUAAGACAUUAUGAUAUAUAAAAAGAGAUAUCAAAUUGGUGAUAGUGUAUUAAUAAAGACAACUAAUCAAAUAGAAUAGAUUGGUUUAAUUUAAAAUUUUUAUGGUUAUCAAUAAGAUGAUAAAACAAUAGUUCCUUUAGUUGAAGUUUAAUGGUAAAUUUAAGUUGUUUGAUUGUAGGUAUUGUACUUAUUAAGAUCUUGCAGAUUCAAUUGAUAAAGACUCUUUUUCUGAAUGUGAAUUUAUUCUUAACUGA